AUGUUGAGACGCUUGAUUUUGCGCCGCCAAUUCGACCUGACCCUCGUCAUCCACACCGACCCGCUGCAGAUCGCCAUGGUGGGCAGGGCGAUAAAGGUGACCGUCGACGGGCCGCGAGAUCCGAGGCCAAAACCCGGCGAACGAUCCCCACUUCUCAGAAGAUCCCCAUGGGACACCCCACCCGGAUAUUUGAGCCCCUACGCGACGAUCCCGUUUGCGUCCCCACAAACGGCAGGCCAUCCAAUGCCGCUACCGAUUCCUCAUAUUCUCCCUCAGCUUUACCAUCUACAACUUCAGUAUAACCAGCACGUCAUCGAGCAGUUCAUCCACGACCACGGCCUCGAGCUCGCCGAUAUAGGCACUAUUCUCGCCACGCUCGACGCCUUUCCUGUCGCCCUCUUCCCUCCCCCCAUCGCCAUUUAUUCACCGACAACCCCUUCCCCCAUCUAUACCCCAUCCGCCAUCGAGUCCUCUCCCAAAAGCUUCAGCGAUCCC